AGUAUGAUCAAUUUCCCCAAAUCUUCUCACUUCUGGAAAUCUUCUUAUGGUAUCAGAGCGCUGCUCAUGUCACUAAGAUCUGUUUUCAUCCUCUUUCGUUUUUCUUUCCAUUUCUCGUUUCAUCUUUGAGCUCUGGUUUCAGCAACAAUGGCGGAUGGAACCAGCUCACCCACUGCAGAACAGAAAUCUGAAUCGACUGAUAAAUCCAAGGCGAUAAUGAACUCAUAUGAGGAUCCUUACCUCAAUCUUUACCAUCUCCCACCUCAGGAUGGUGCUCUACACACCAUCAUCGCCAUCAAGAUCGUUGAUGGCAACUAUCACACCUGGAGUGAAGUUAUGUUGUUGGCUCUAGAGACGAAGAACAAAACCCAAUUCAUUAAUGGUCGUAUCCCAGUUUCUCAGGUAACAGAUCCUCACUAUCAAUCUUGGGCUCGUUGCAGUGGCACUAUUCGUUGCUGGAUUUAAAACUCUCUGUCAGACAAUAUAGCGAGUAGUGUCAUGAGGCAAGGAUUAGCAAAGGAUGUCUGGGAUAAGUAAAAAAUCGAUUUAGUCAGGAAGACAACAUCAGGGUUUAUGAUCUCAAGGGUUAGUUGGCGAAAUGUGUUCAUGGUGAUCAGUAUGUGAGUCAAUACUUCACUCAUAUUAUAGUGUUAUGGGAAGAGUAUAAGAGAUACAGACCUAUACCUGUUUGUCCUUGUAAUCCUCGACCAUAUGAGACACAGGAGAGAUAUUAGGAGAAUGACUUUGUCAUCAACUUCCCUCAAGGACUAAACCCUGUAUACCAGUCAGCAUGUUCCUUCAAGGACUAAACCAUGUAUACACAGGUCUUAAUGAUGCCCAUUCCGCCUCAUAUUGACAGUUUUCAAGCAGAUCUUACAACUUGAACGUCAGUUGAAGGUCAUGAAUAUAAGUUCAGGUCUUGAAACCCUUGCCCUUGUAGCUGGUGCUUCCCGUGGCAAUCAAUAUAGGGGUAAGGGAUAA